AUGUCGCAAAAGCAGCCUUACACUCGAAAGUUCGUCAUUCCGCUCAGCGUCAACGAAGCUGUGACGUUCGAAAUCGCUGAACCGACACUUCGCGCCGAUGGUCUAAGUUUACAAACGUGGACGUCUUCAUAUCUGCUCGCGAGAUUGCUUCCUUCUAUUCCCGACAUCAACCCAGAGCCAGCUCCAAAUGGUUCUACGAUACCAGUCCUCGAGCUUGGAGCGGGCACUGGCCUGGUCGGUCUCACCGCUAAUCGUGUGUGGAAAGUGAAUGUGAUUCUGACGGACCUUGCACCAAUCGCACCGGGGCUCGCUUACAACAUCGCCUUGAACGAACACGCGCUUGCGGGCUCUGCCGGUCAUGGCGUCCGGCCCGCAGUGUUGUGCGGAUCGCUUGACUGGAAGCAGCCAACAAGGUUGACGUUGUACAAGGAUGGUACAUUUGAGGAACAUCUGAGUCCUCUUCGGAAGGCCAACGUAAUCCUUGCUGCGGACACAGUCUACUCGGAGGAGCAUCCAGAGUUGUUGUCGAAGGCGAUUCUGACAUGGCUUGCGCCUGGAAAUGCCUCCCGCGUUGUCAUCAUGUAUCCGAUGCGCGUUGCUUAUCUGGACCAGAUUCGUGAACUAUGGCAGAGACUUGAGGAGGGGGGACUCGAAACGGUGAGGGAAGGUAAAGAACAAGCCAGCGAGGACGAGGGCACUUGGGACGACGAACUGCUCUGCGAAUGGAGCAUCUGGAAGUGGAGGACGACCCAAUAG